AUAGAUCUCGCCCUUUUUCCAGAAUUUUCAAUCACAAUAAUUCCCAAUUAAGCGAUCGGAAAACCCUAAUCACCGGUUGCUAUGUUACCUUCAACGUCGGCGGCAGCUACUUCAUCGUCGUCGCAAUUCACCUACUCGAAUGGCACCUACUUUCCGACGCCUUUUCAUCUCCAACAACAACCUCCUCAGCCGUACAUAGGCGCUGCUCCUCCGCCUGUGCAACUUCCUGCUCCUUCCGUCUAUCCUGCUCCUUCUUCUAUUCCUGGCGUUUACACUUUGCCUCAGUUUCAACAAGCUCAACAGUUAUUCCAAAGAGAUGCACAAACGAUCACACCUGAAGCACUUGAAAAUGUGAAAGCUGCACUUGCGAGCAGCGAAAUCGAGCACAAAGCUGAGGCCAAGAAGAAAGCUGUACCUCGUAAGGCAGCAGGACAGAGUUGGGAAGAUCCUACUCUGGCAGAGUGGCCCGAGAAUGAUUACCGUCUAUUCUGUGGUGAUCUUGGGAAUGAGGUGAAUGAUGAUGUCCUAUCAAAAGCCUUUUCAAGGUUUCCAACUUUUAAUAUGGCUAAGGUUGUGAGAGACAAGCGGACUGGUAAGACCAGGGGAUAUGGAUUUGUGAGUUUUUCCAACCCGUUAGACCUUGCUGCAGCACUUAAAGAAAUGAAUGGAAAGUACGUAGGGAACCGGCCUAUUAAACUUCGCAAGAGUAAGUGGCAAGAGAGGAUCGACUAUGAGGCUCUGGAAAGUCACAAGAACCGAUCACAUAAGAAACCGAAGCAAGCUAAGAAGGGUAUAUUUCACAAGUGAGCACCAACCAUGAUAAUGACUCAAGCAGCAAGAUACUUUAGAUGAUGUAUUUUAAAUGUGUAGUAAGCAAUUUCUUCACCAUUGCCUCUACCUGGGAAAGAAGGAACAAAUGAUUGUCCCAGGAUGCAUUACUGUUUGCACACAUUUUACUGUACUUCUGCCCCCUGAAAGUCUCCCCAUUGAUCUUUA